UAAUAUCCUCUCUCUUCAUAUUGCAAUUGGCGUUUGGCUGGACGAGAUCUGGGACUUUUUCUCUCAACAACGGAUUUAAAGGACCCCUCCAAUCGUUCGGAGGAAAAUCGGCGGGUUCCCCCGGCCCCAUCCAUUCUAGCUAUAGUACAUAGCUCCCUCCAGACACACAUCUCCAAGUGUAGCUCAAAAAACAUAAUAGAAAGAUGGCUAUUGUCGCAGUAGCGGGCGGUACCGGUGGUGUCGGUCGGACCAUUGUCGAGGCACUAGUCCAGCAAGCAAAACAUCAAGUCAUCUUGCUGACUCGUGGGGUACCCAAAUCAGAUCCUUUGCUUGACAAGACCCAACAGGUGCAAGUAGAUUACAGCGACACUACGGCAUUGGCACGCAUCUUGGACCAGCAUGAAGUGCACACCAUUAUUUCUGCAAUCGGGAUUAUCUCCGAUGAAACAUCUCAAUCUCAGCUCACGCUGAUUAACGCUGCGGCUCAAUCCUCAGCCACCAAGAGGUUUAUUCCUAGUGAAUAUUCAUUUAUUCAAACUGAAGCUCUCCUUUCGAUCGACCCAAGUAUCAAGUACUGGUUGGCUGCCGCUGAAUUGCUUCAAAGAACCACUCUACAGUUUACUAGAGUUAUCCCCGGGUUCUUCAUGGAUUACUGGGGAAUGCCAGUCGUUCGUACUAAUCUCCAACCCUUCACAUUUGGCAUAGACAUCGCCAGCUGUCAGGCCGCCAUUCCGGGCGAUGGCAACGAUGUUAUAUGCAUGACAUAUACGUACGACAUGGCUGUGUAUAUUGUAAGAUUGCUGGAUGAGGAGGAUUGGCCCGAGUUCAGUGUUAUUGUUGGCUCUGAAACCACAUAUAAUCAGCUUCUCCAGCUAGCUGAAGAAAUACGAGGCAAGAAAUUCCAGGUUGUCUACGACAGCGCAGAUAAAAUCAAGGAAGGAGAUGUCACUAUUCCUCCAAUGCCUGCCGACACUGGGUAUUCUGCUGAAGAGCUCAAAGAAACUACGGUACUCGUGAGUCGGUUGACAAUUGCCGGGGUAUUUGAUCUGCCGCGCGAGAAUCGGUUAAACGCGAGGUUUCCAGAUAUCGAAUCAACUAAGCUCAAGGACUUCCUACAAAACACUUGGAAAGCCCAUCAAUAAUACUAUCCAUUUAAACAAUGACCUGUUUUCUUUGGGCAAUUUCACAACGGAGAUACCUAAGCAAAGGAUUCAAAGCCAACUGCACUCGCCUCAAUAUUCAUUAUUAUAAGUUUCGAUGCUGUUAUGUUAUUGUAUGAAGGGAAAAUAUCAGUGUACAUGAACUAUAUAACAAGCCCUAUCUAAGAUAUUGUCC